AAUCUAAAAUAUAAUGAUAAUAUUAUAAAGACGACGUGCAUGAUAGUACAAUAUUAUUGGGAAUUCCAUACGUUUAUCGAUAGUCUGCGGCCUGGCCAGCCGGUGGCGACGACGAUAUUUAUAUUUACAUCAUUGCAGUUUCUUAUUAGUAAGUUGUUCUUGUUUUGCCGUUUAUUGUUUACUCUGUUGCCCGUCGAUUACGACAUUCGUGCUAACUGCUAAUAAUUAUUUCCGACAUUUCCGUUGCAUCUUUUUUCAUGUGCAUAAUACUUAUUAGUUAGUGUAUUCAAUAUUUAAAUUUCAACCGUGAUUUUGCUGUGGUGGUGAAAACUGAUCGUGUUUGUAUCGUGUUAGAUCAUUCAAGUAUUCAACAUCAUAAUAUUAUAUAUUAUUUUUACUACUAAAAAAAAAAAACACCAUGACGUGGUCAGUGGUUCAUUUUAUGCAAGACGAUACCGUUGAAGUUGUACCCGAGCAUUGGUGUGUUAAAAAGGGCUAUUGCGCCUGGCCGAACACAAAAAAAAAAAGUGAUCUAAAAAAUGCCGUAAAUAAUAGAAUUAAGCCCAAAAAGAAAACAUUCAAUUUAUUUAAAGCACGGACUUUGGCUUAUAAUAUUGAUGACUUUCAAGUUGCCCAAAAAAAAUGCAUAGUUGCCAAAUCUAAAUCAGACCUUUCCUCGUCUGAGGAGACUGCAAAAACCAGAAAACAACGAAAAAAAAAAGUUAUGAUAAACUCUGAUUCUGAAGGUAUAAUAUAAUUUACUAUGUAUAUAUUUACUAUAAUAUUAUAUUAUGUAGGUAUAGUAUUUUACAAUAUUGCUGUUUGCUUGAACUUAACUGAUCUGACAUUUCCUUUGCCUUAUUGUGGGAAAAAUUACCUGGUUAGUGGUCCCAGGGCUAAAAACUAGGACACAGAUAAUGUUUGUAUCUUAUAGUGUCUUAUAGGUAUUUAAUUUUACUUGUAUCUACACUUAUAAAGUCAUAACUCAUAAGUAUAACUAUAGGAUAAAAUUUUUUUAUUGGG